GUCAAAUCCUCGAAGAAGCAGCAUGAGAAAAGGAGAAGAGUCACAGUCAGGCUGACGAAGAGGGUCGUCUUUGCACACCACCUCCGCCUCCUCUCAGUCGGCAUUUCAGAAGGACGGUGCCGUCAACGGUCCAGUCGUGAGCGCGCCGAUUUCAAGGUUGUGGCCAGCAGAUCUGACUGCUGGUCUUGUCCUACCAUCCAUUCGAGCUCUGCCGGACAGGAUGUGGUCAGUCUCGGCGGUGGAAUCAGUCUGUUUCUGCCUCAUCCACUUAUCGCCCGGUCCGAUUUGUCUGCCGGCCCAGAGUCGAUUGGUCUGUGUCUCUCUUCACCUCGUCCGUCUGCUCCCUCGUGUCUUCUUUGCCAAUCACUUGAGCAAGCACAAAAUGUUUCACCUUCUGACCUGUAUCGGACAUCACCACUUCUCAAUCCUUGUUUGGGCAAUGAGUCUGGCGUGAAACGCGCCGACUCGAGGCUGUCUGGCCUAAUCACUGAUCUUGGUCGUCAUGCAUCCAACCAGUUCCACGACUGCGUUGUUGACUUGAUGGCAUCCGCUUAA